CACACAUACACACACAUGCAGGCGCACACACAGCUGCUCGGAACCAUGACAGAAGAUGACGGAUACAGUUGUCGCGGAGGGACAAGUCAAGCUUAGAGAUGGAAAAAAGUGGAAGACUCGGUGUGUCGUCCUUCAGAAGCCUUCUCCAGUAGCAGACUGUCUGUCUCUGCAGGCGUAUAAGGAGAAGAAGAAAGGGAAGGAGAGAGGCAGAGGCCGCGAGGAAAGGCUCAAUGUAACACUGGAGGGGAUCUGUGGUGUGGAGCCGGGGCCUGGGCUCGACGGGGUGUCCCACACCCUCUCCAUCCUCUGUCUGGCCCACACGCUGGUCCUGGGCUUCAACAGCCGAGAUGCCCUGCUGGCCUGGGAUGCUCGCAUCCGCUACCGCCUGGGAGAAGUUCACAGGUUUAGUGUCAAUGUCGAGCCUGGCACCAAACUAGACAGCGGCCCCGCCUCGCUCCACCUGUGCAACGACCUGUUGGUCCUCACCAGAGGCGUCCCGCCGGUCGUCAUCGGCCACUGGAAGCUGUCUGCGUUACGGCGCUAUGGCGCGGUGCCAAAUGGCUUUGUGUUCGAGGGGGGCACUCGCUGCGGAGUCUGGGCUGGUGUUUUCUUCUUGUCCUGUCCCGAAGGAGAGCAGAUCAGUUUCCUGUUUGACUGCGUUGUCCGGGGCAUCACCUCCAGCAGGCCGCCUCAUGGCCUGCGACCUGGCCUGCCAGGGAAUGCAGAUGCAGCGUCAGCAGAGAAGCGCAUCAGCCAGGAGGCGUCGGAGCUGGAGAAGAGACUCAGCAAGUUGUCUCAAAGCAGCUUAGCGAGCAGCACAGCGUCCAUGUACAGCUUUAGGUCAUCUGUUGCCGGUGACAACCAAAGCAGCAUCUCCAGCUCUUCUUCCAGUCAUUCGGAUGCAAGCUGUGGAAGCAGACUUUCAUCUUGGGGGGAGCCGUUCGCACAACCGCUCCUCUCUAACGUGACCGGCUCGAGCUCCUCCACACUGAAGGCUAGAACCAGUUCAGAUGACCGGCUUCAUGCUGCUGUGAUGGGAAGCGUGGGAACUCGUCCAUUCUCCGCCCACCUGCAUCCUCGUGGUCUCCAUGACAGCGGGAGGCAGAGCUCAUUAGACAGUGGGAUUGGGAUAGCGGCAGGAAGUCAGUCAUCUUACUCGGGGAGUUUCUCCUCAUGUACUGGGAGUCUGGACAUGGCUGGCCUGGGAGGGGAGGGGGAGUUCACCUCUGUGAACAGUCUACCCGUCCUGAAGCCUCCUGCUGUUCCUCCCCCCAUUCCUUCUCCUUUUCAGUCCACACUAACCCCAGAGCUCAGUUCUGCUAACUCCUCCUGCCCUUGGGUUUCCAGACCUGGCUCCCGAGCGUCUGAAAGGCACAGUGGAGAUUAUCAAAUCCCUAGCCUGCUAAAUCUGCAGUACGACACCCCGAGGAGUCUACUGAAAGCCCUGUCCCUCGGGGAACCCUCCCUCUCCGAAGCCCCCGCUGAGGCGGGCAGGUACAGCAGGAGCAGUAUGAGCAGAGGGGAUCGAUGGAAUAGUCGGGCACAAACUUUAAGAACCAGAGCCCAGCAUCUGGCCAUGAUGGAGCCCUCCCACUUCUGUGGCAGUGAGAGGGCGCCCUCUGUGGACAGUGAGGGGAGGGUCACACCUCGAGUCCCUGGAGGCUUCCUUAGUGAAGAAACUCAGUGUAGUCACGGCUCGGACAACUACGUGACACCAGAGCAGUGGCGCUCAGCGAGGAACAGAGGCUUGACCCAGUUUGCCAAUUCUCCAUCAGGCCCGUCACCAUCUGCAGAUACACAAGGCAUCGUCCGCUGUGCCCAUGAAGCUCCUUCAUCUGUAGCCCUGGACAUUCGGCUUUGUAAGGGCAGCCUGGUUAAUUAUGUUAACAUCCCCAUUAGCGCCCUACAAGUCAGGGAGAGCUCCUCUACACAGAGCCGACCUCCAGUGAUUUCCCGACCAGAAGAGAGCGCCAUCAAAUACGCCCACCUCGACAUCACUGCCAUGGAAACGGCUGAGCGAGUGGGGGCGGAGCAUGUGCAGGGCAGGGAGGACAGGCUGACUCAGCUGGAGAGCCACCAGACUGACUGCAAUAUCAAACUUCAAAAUAGUUUUCUUUGCUGAUUCUUUUCAUUAAAAAACACAGUUCAGCUAAUUAUAAAUACAAAAAAGUCUGCAUCGUGACACUCCGUUAAGGUUAUUUCUAACAAUCAUCUAUGAGGAAAUAGCACUAAACACAGGUGUAUGUCACAAGCUGGGGAACUUGUCAUGGAAUUAAUCAAGGCCCAGCAAGGAAGAUUAUUCAUCAUGAGUGAAUUAGGUCUCUGCGUCUGAUUAGAAAAAGUGUUCUAUAAACCUCACCACGCUAGCCUGUUCAUGGCACUACAGGGACUGCUUUCAUCAACAUGAUUUGUAAAUAGUUUUUAAACUAUAUUUUUUAAAUAUUCCUGUAUGCUGUUUGCACCUGCCUCUUUCACAUUAAAGUUUGUAGUUCUCAGUGCUUCCUUGAUUAGGCAACAGAAUAUUUCAAAAGACAGUUACUAUUGUAGAUUAUAUAGAUUUGUAACUGGUGUCAGCUCACCGGGACCUGAACCAAUCACCAGCUGCCCCCAUGACAUGUUAAUGUUUUGGGACUAUGACCAUAUUUUUAGUUAGUCAUUAGUUGUACAAAUGCAUGUAGUAGUAGAUUCCUAUGUAUAGUGUUUUGUGUACAAACAAAUCCUUCAAAAAAACAUUAGAAAAGACGGGCUGUGGGGUUUUCAGAUGGAAUUGUUCCGAGCCUCAAAGCUCAUUAUGCUUGAGUCCCUCACGUGAGAUCUUGUUAGAUAGGUCCAGCAUAUGCUUCUUCAUCUGAAAUCAGACAAAUACAUGUGAACGUUUGAUAGCCUCAGGCACAUUAAUCUCACAGAACACACUUAAAUAGUGCAAGUUUCAAAAUAAGGCGUGAAAACACGCCUGCUUAAUCAGUUAAUUAGAUUAAAUAUUUUCUUUCUAAUAACCAAUGAUCUUUUAGGUUUAUCAGGGUAAACACAUUUUUCUUUUAUUCCCUUUUGGCUUUUGUUUACAAAAAAAGUUGAGAUGAAAGUCUAUAGUUUUUCUAAUGGGGGGAAAAAUAAUUCUUUGAUCAUCCCCCAUGUUUUAUUCAUGCUUAUUUGGCAACAGUAUUAGUUUCUACUGCAAGCGAGCAGUCAACAAUUGGACAACAUCACUGGUGUAAAUAUAGUUUAGAGUUAUCCCUCCUUACCUUGUAACCCAUCUCCCUGGUUUUCUCAGCUAGUGAGUCGUACUUCUCCUGGUUCCUCCUGAUGUGCUCCUUGUCUCCUAAAGACUCGACAUGACGCAACUUCUGGUGAGAAAGCUCCAGCUGCUCCUGGUAAUGGCUGUGCUUCUCCACUUUGGUCUCAAAGUGACGCAGCUCCUCCUAGGCAAACACGAAAGGGAGGACCGGAGGCUUUAACUUCAGUUACAUGUACACUAGUACUGACUAGAGAAAAAGUAACUAUUUGACACAACUGCUCUUAAAGCCUGACAUACUUUAAUAGAGAGAACAUUUCAAUUGGGUUCAUCAUGGUUGAUUUGGGACAACGGGUGAAAGGAGUCCAUGGAGAGAUGGAAGAGUGCGUAAUAUGUGACAAGAAUAAUGUGCACUUUAGGCUUUACAGCUUACAAUGCACAAGUAGUACUUAUCAUACCACUCAGACUGUAGCACGGUGAUGAAGCAAAAAGAGGUGAAGCAGAAGUGUCCAUAAAAUGUCACUAGCGAUGUAUGAGCUACCUUGAGAGAGUCCAACUCAUCGUCGCUGAGGUUCGCUCUCUUGGCAGCUUCCCACAGUUCAAUCACACGGGGCUCCCGAAACUCUAGAGGAGAGGAAAGUACAAACAGACUCCAAGAUUAAUAUAAACACACCAAUACAGGCACGACAGACUUUCAACAUGCUAUGUAAAAACACUGACUUUACACAUAUUUUAAAUGUUUCAACGUGCUAUAUAUAUAUUAAACUUUUCAGAUAUACUUUAGUAUUUGUAUAAAAAAAUGUCUUGUCUUAUCUGUUAUCUGUUGUUGUGCCUGUGCACUUUAUAUGUUUCACCGUGAGAGUGUGGGAAACGUUUUCUCGAUUACCUGUAUGUCUGACAUGCAGAAAUUGACAAAUAAAGCUACUUUGACUUUGA